CGGCCCACCUUACCCAACCUGGUUUUUGGAUCGUCCAACGACUGACAAGCACAGCCCUCGCUCUCGUUCACGGUUGUUGUUCUCGUCGCCUGCAAGGACCGAAUCCGUCGACAUGUCGGUCAUCAGUGUGCCAAAUUGGUGAUGAGUUGUUCCGGAAAGCGGAAAUCCGGGACGUGGGUGCUGGUCCAUGGGUCGCGGCUUCAAGCUGCCCCCUGGUCCUCCCAUCGCCCUACUCUUAAAGAUGGGACGCCGUCUUCGCCAUGCCACGCCGUGAGGCGCCUUUCGGGUUCCCUCGGACAGAUGACAGAUCGUGGACACCGGCCGCUUGGGUCAUUUGGGCCCGGGAGGCUGAAGCUUGCUCGUCUCAAGCCCUCCAUGCUUUCGGCCAUCAUCUCCCGGCCCCGAAGAGUUCAUUCCAACUUCUGCGUCCAGCCAGGUCUCACUUCAGCCUUAUUCAUACUGCCUCUUGCGUGGCUGCUACACUUACCGUACCAAGUCAUUUCUCAGUACGACCAUGUCCAAACUCAACGGUGGCGGGUGCCGUGUGGCAUGUAGCAUGUGGCAUGCGGCACGACAAUUCAGAUACCAGAGCCGACAACGAAGCCUCGACUCGACAUGCCGUUUCUGCAGAUGCAAACCAUCGAUAUGUGGUGCCCUCAGAAAGCUUCGAAUUUGUGUUUGCGACAAGGCUGCCACUUUCAUCUCGGAAAGGCUGGCACGGCUGGCAAAUAUUAUUGGGCCCAUUCGGCUGGAUCUGCUAGAAGGGCCAUGCACAUUGGCUUGCAUCUCCUUGAUGUUGCUAUUUGUGUUUUUGGCCGCGGGGUUGCAGCUUGCUGUACUACAUCAACUCGUGACCUAAGCAUACAACACCAGGUAUCCGAAUAUUCAUCAGACGAAAGUACCUCCAGGUCGCUCGAUGUU